GAAAAAUAGUAUCGUGUAUACCCAGCAUAACAUCAAAUUCAAAAUUAAUUAAAAUUUUUAUUUAACUUUUUAUUGCUUUUUCCCAACAUCUUCAAAAACCCAGAAAAAUGCGCUUUUAUCCCAAUAGCGACAUCAGCAACUAUUGGGAACUAACUCCUGCUUGGUCGCUCUACCAGCACACGCCUCAUAAAUCCUGGCAACGAAAACCUCUGCAAUCCAAACACAUCAUCGCCCAUUGGCGUGAUCUAGAUGGUGUCAAGAUGGCGAAGAUAACGAAAAAAGAUUUAUACUUUAAAAAUUGGCCUAAAGAUCGCAUACGCUUUGAAGCAUGUUUACCCUGGUAUUAUUGUGUGGGCAAUCGUUUCAUACGGCUUGAGAAAGCAUUUCCUAAUAAUUUUAAAUGUACUGUAUUACCCAUGAACUUGCAAGAAGUUCGAGAGCUAAAGGAGCAUGAAAAACAAAUGGCUAAAAUUGCAAAAGCGGAUGCAGCAGAAGCUAAGAGAUUGGCAGAGGAAAAGGCUAAAUUGGAGAUGAAGAAAAAGGGUAUAAGGAAAUAAGUGUUUAAAUUAGAAAAAAGUGCUAGCGAAGUGCUUUUGAUGUUUUAAUUAAGGUUGAUAAAUAAAUUGUUGAAGUUUUAAGGCAUCAUCACGAA